AUGGAAGCCAUCCGAGUAAUCUCCAGAGCUUCAGUCCAGGCACGAAGUGACGUUAAUAAUGGUGACUCACCAAAACAAAUCGACUUGAAUCCAUGGGAUCUUCAGUUUCUAGCAAAUGAGUAUGCUCGGAAGGGUCUUCUUUUUCACAAACCCUCAUCAUCAUCAUCUUUCAAACACACAGAGACAUUGAUCCUUCACUUGAAGGACUCGUUUUCUCUUGCCGUUGACCUCUUCCCACCCGUUGCCGGCCGUCUUACCGUCGUCCACCACGACGAUGAUGACACAUCCUCCGUCUUCAUCACUUGCAACAACGCCGGAGUAAGCUUUGUUCAUGCAGUUGCAGAGAACACAUCAAUUGCUCACAUCAUCGAACCCACUUAUGUUCCUUCAAUUCUCCACUCCUUCUUCCCACUUGGAAAUUUCAAGAACUUUGAAGGAACUCAGGUUCCAUUAAUGGCUGUUCAAGUUACAGAGCUAGUGGACGGCAUCUUCGUCGCUUGCUCGAUGAACCAUUGUCUGUUUGAUGUGAAGCCGGCUUGGGAUUUCUGGAAUGCAUGGGCAGAGAUCUCACGAAAUGGUUUAAACCACAUUGCUUCAGAUUCAAAGUUCGCUUCAUUUGAGCGAUGGUUUCCUCACGAUAAUAUUGAACGUCCUAUACGAAUCCCAUUCAAAGAAAUGAUAGAGAAUUACAGUAAGGGGUCUGGUAAUUCGGUUCAGCUGCCUUCAUUCUCUAGGAGGAUCUUUCACUUUAAAAGGGAAAAAAUUGCAGAACUCAAAGCAAAAGCUAACACAGAGGUACAGGAUGGUGGGGUCAUGAUCAGCAAAAUCUCGUCCUUGCAAGCUGUUCUAGGCCAUGUUUGGAGGUCUGUGAUCAGAAUUCAGAAUCUUGAUCCAGAAGAAGAAGUCACUUACAGAUUCCUCAUAGCUGCUAGAUCCAGAAUUUAUCACCCACCAAUACCAGACAACUAUUUUGGAAACGCUGUGCAAUACACUACUGUGACGAUGAAAGUAAGAGACUUAGUUGGAGAUGGAGGCCUUGGAAAGUUUGCUUUGGAGAUGAACAAAGUAAUCGCGUCAUUCACAGAAGAGAAGAUCAAGAAGGACUUUGACGCUUGGAUACAAAAUCCAACCAUGCCUUCACAACAUGGCACAAUUGGCAAGUUUAUGACAACAAAUAACUCUCCAAGAAUCAACUUUUAUGAAUUUGACUUCGGCUGGGGAAGGCCGGUGGCGGUUCGUCUCGGUCCAACCAACUCAAGGAUGUGGAAGCUGGUCGCCGAUGCCGGAGCAGAAGAAGGUAGCUUCGACUUUGAGCUGUACAUGUCUCAUGAUAUAUUGGAAGCUCUGGUAAGAGACUAUGAGUUCAUGAACAUGGUUUCACCACCACCACCUUUGAUGGGGUAUCCAAUUAAUGAAUUAGCACAGGCUUAA